CCCUCUUAAUCUCUCCAUUUCUCUCUUUCUGUUCAUACUUGUUAUCUUUUCAUUUUGCUGAAUAAUUCAGAACCGAUGGAUGAAGAUUUCUUGAUGCAGCAAACCAGUAACAGUUCAUAUCCAUUGGGUAUCGAUAGUUCGCCAUAUCACGGCACAACUUCUCCUUAUUCAAAGUCUCCAUGGUCCUCUCAUCUCGAGGCUCCGGCUGGUGCUGAUGAUGGUUUCUCCCCAAAUGUGCUGAUAGGAUCAUUAGUACGCGAAGAGGGUCAUAUAUACUCACUAGCGGCCUCCGGUGAUCUCUUGUAUACAGGCUCUGACAGCAAGAACAUUAGGGUUUGGAAGAACCAGAGGGAAUUUUCAGGGUUUAAAUCCAACAGUGGGCUGGUGAAAGCCAUUGUUAUCGCUGGUGCGAAGAUCUUUACGGGUCAUCAAGAUGGGAAAAUAAGAGUUUGGAAAGUUUCUUCUAAAGACGCUAGCAAUCACAAGCGUGUUGGGACUUUACCCACCUUGAAGGAUUACAUCAGGAGCUCAAUGAAGCCAAGCAGUUACAUUGAAAUCAGACGCCAUCGAAAUUCGCUAUGGCUUAAGCACAUUGAUGCAAUAUCUUCUCUCAGUUUGAGUGAAGAUAAAAAGAUUCUUUAUUCAGCUUCUUGGGAUAAAACUUUCAAAGUCUGGAGAGUCUCGGAUUAUAAGUGUUUAGAAUCCAUUGUCGCUCAUGAUGAUGCUGUAAAUUCCAUUGUUGCGGGUUUUGAUGGGUUGGUGUUCACAGGAUCAGCCGAUGGGACAGUCAAAGUCUGGAGAAGAGAAAUGCAAGGGAAAGGAACAAAACACUUCUUUUCACAGACAUUAUUGAAGCAAGAUUGUGCAGUUACAGCAUUGGCUCUUAAUCCAGAUUCUACAGUUUUCUACUGUGGGUCCUCAGACGGGUUAGUUAAUUUCUGGGACCGUGAAAUGAAUCUCUCUCAUGGUGGUGUUUUAAAAGGCCAUAAAUUGGCGGUUCUUUGCUUGGUCACAGCUGGGAAUCUUGUGGUGAGUGGAUCAGCCGAUAUGGGAAUAUGCAUAUGGAAGAGAAAGGAUAAGGAACAUAUAUGUUUAUCGAUGUUAAAUGGUCACAGUGGACCUGUCAAAUGCUUAGCAGUUGAGAAGGAAGAUGGGUCAAUUUCUGGUGAGAGGCGGUGGAUUUUAUACAGCGGCAGCCUAGACAAGUCGGUGAAGAUGUGGCGAAUUUCAGAGCAAGCACCGCCAAUGACGCAGCAGAGUCAAACACAGCAAUCUUCGGUAGACGAACAUGGUGGUGGUACUGCGUCCACUUCAUUGCCAUAUGCUCCUAGCUUCGCUUGAUUUAUUACUCAGCUUAAACUCAUGCAAAGUAUCUAAAUCUGAGGGGAUACAUUAACUAUGUUCAGUUGUUGUUCAAUAUUGAUGGAGUUUGAACACAGAAUACAUAUUUCUUA